AUGGAAAUUGAUUCAUUAGAAUAUACAAAUCCGAAGACAUUACAACGAAUUGAACUAGAAAUCGACAGGAUAAAACACACAGCCAGAAAAGAGAAUAAAAAAGACAACCAACCAACAUUUCUCCUUUGGGUCUUCAAUCAUGAUACGAAUUGCUGGAAAGACCCAAUGAAACCGCACGCAAAUGAAAAAAGAAACAAGAAGAUCCGAUGA